AGGUCUUUUACGAAACGAGGUUGUUGUUGGCGAUUAGGCCUUAAAACGUUACAUGAAAUAUGAUGCUAAUACUAUUCCACUAAUAUUUCAAACUAAUUACAAAUUAUAUGUGCGUUAUGAAGGUAGAUUCGUACUGUUGCACAACCUGUACUAGAAGUACAACACAUUCAGACGUGGCUUGUCUGUGUAUACUACCAGUAGAACAUUUGGACGUGGCAGGCUAGUUAAGCGGUGUAUGUCGUCAUCUAUAAGCAGGUUGAAGGCGGGUUACAGUUGAGAAGAUGGUUUAUGGAAAUAUGUUUAUAAUUGUUAGUGUUUUGGCUGUAUCUAAGUUUGCGUUGGCGGACGUCUGCAGUAAACCAGAAGUGUCCGCUUCGGCGUACACAACCCAGGAUGCUACAGUUUUAACCGAUGUAGCAUUUGUGGCGGAGUUUACAUUGAAUUGCGGAAACCAUGUGACGAGAUUGCCCCUGUAUGCUGAAGUUAAUGGGAAAAUGCUACCUGCUGCGAUGGUUGAAGAUGAUGACGGAUAUCAAAUCAGCUGGACAGAAGAUGUGAAGAAGGCGAAAAGAGGUGACUACAGUGUCAUCCUGUAUGAUGAGGAGGGUUAUGCUGCAUUGAGGAAAGCUAUUAGAAACGGGGAAGAUCCUUCGUCUAUUAAGUCUUUGGUCACCAUUGUCGUUAACUAUCCUGGUGCAUACAAUGGACCAUGGUUGAAUUCUGAAUUCAUAGCUGCAAUUUUAUCUGUUGUAGUAUGGUAUUUAGCCUUCUCAGCACGGUCAAAACUUCUUGCUUAGCUGUAGAGUGUGACAGUGACUUGCCACACAAUCAUUUUUAUUUUGCGAAAUGUGGGAUACUCAGACCUUCUGUGGGGAAUUAUUGGAAUAAAAGUGGUGGUGUGAAAGGUGAAGUAUUGAAAUAUGUGAAAACAAAAUUGAAUUGCACUUGUGUACAUCUAAAAGACCAGUCAGGAUCACUAAAUUCUUGGACUGUGUCCAUCACCUGUGUUUUUAAAAAAGAACACCAUGUUUCGGAAGUUGGAUCUGCAAACAUCCUCAGGUUAAAAAGGAGGAGGGGCACCCACUCAGUUAGGUCUGAUAGAAAGGUCGAACUUCAAUCACAAAUUAAAAAAACCGUGUAUGUGUAUGUCAGUUUUUCAUAAGAACCCUGAUUCAUGCAGUGAUUUAACAUGAAGAAUACUUACAAGGAACAAUGACAGAUGAAGAUCCAUGAUUUAAGUGUUGUGAUUAUACAAACGUAGUGCAUGCUUCUGUAUCUCAUUUGCAUAGAAUUUUGUGUUCCCUGUAUGCUUUUAGUGGAUCCAAUCUUGGUGGGCAAAUUUAACAUUCAGUGCACAUAAUAUGCACUUCUAAAUGUGUGAAAGUACAUAGCAGUUGUAUUUUAUUGCAUUCUUUACAUGUAAAUAACAUUGUCUUCCUUGUUAGAAUUGUUUCUGAAUGUAUUAAAUAUAUGCUGUUUCUAAUUUUUAGAUCUUUCCAUGGAUAAUUAAGGUUUUGUAGUAUGAAAAUAGUUUGGCUAUGUAUUAGUAAGUUAUUACAUAUUUUAAAUUGUGAUUUUGGAUGAUUACAGUUAUUAAAGAGAAAUUUUUGAUGGGAAUGUU